CCAUUCCUCGGGGCUGGCAAGAGGGUCAUGCUGUUUUCUCUUUACUUGAGGCCACCCUAUAAGAAAGUGAGCAGUGGGCUGCUAGUUCUUUAAGCAAUUAAAAUCGGGUGGAGCCUGCUUGUCAUCCGAGGCCACUCAUUCAAGAGGUCAGUCACCCCAGCGUAGCAAAAGACUCCAGGCCUGGGCGUGUGCUGAGAGCAGAGCUCCCAGAUGGGCUGGGCUCCAAAGACUCUGCACUCAUCCGGUGACAGCCGUGUGGAGAGCUCAAGUGCAAAGACCGUCCCACGCUUCUGUGAGAGGAGGAGGAGGAAGACACAGCAAACAGUGCUGCUCCCCAAAGCAGACCAAGGCCGGCCCAGGAGCCCAGGACCAGGGACCCAGGGGAUCUGCAGGGCUUUGCUCAGGGGCCAGCACCUACGAGGCCAAAAGGGCAGCUGAGGGGCCAAAGGGGCCUAAGGACUUCGUUGCCAGAAAUGUACCCCAACCAGGAGCAGGGCGUGCCCCAUGGCGAGGGGGUUCCCCAAGCACCAGCAGGCACUGUGGUGCCUCCGGAGCUGCUGGAAGAAAUGCUUUGGUUUUUUCGGGUAGAAGAUGCAUCUCCUUGGAAUAUUUCCAUCUUUGCCCUGGUGGGUGUGGUGGUCGUGAUAAGCAUGGUCCUCCUGGGAAGGAGCAUCAAGGCGAACAGAAAGCAGAAGACGCUGCCCCGGGAAAAACAACCUCCCGAAGUCUUGACUGAGGCCGGAACCAAAGAUGACAACAACCUGAACAUCCUCAGGGAGACUUUGCUCUCAGAAAAGCUGACCUUGGCCGAGGCGGACAUUGAGUUAAAGGACAGGAGCAUGCCACCAGCCUUCCCUCCAGACCCGCAGGAAUCCGAGAGCUAGUGAGAGGGCCGGGCAGGGCCCCCGUGCUGUGAGCAGAUGAAACCGGAAGAACGGCCAUCCAACUACAAUUCUGUGAUGGGAGGAAAAAUAAAACACCCCCGCAAACCCCCUCUUUAUUAAAAUGCUUCCCAAUGUGG